GAUAAUAAUAAAAGCAUUAUAUUAUUGCUGUCCAUUGUUGUUUCCAUUUUAGAAAAAAUUUCAAUACUUCAUUAAUAAAACUAAAUUUAUGGUAUUUUUAAUCAAACUAAAUUAACUGGAAUCAUAAAUGGACGGAACACACGAAUGCACAAUAUGCAGGAAAAACUGUCAGUGUGAAUAUGAUUUACGAAUUCACAUAAGGACUCACACUGGUGAAAAGCCGUUUAAAUGCAAAUUGUGUAAAAAGAAAUUUUCGACUAAAAGCAAUUUAACACAGCACAUGAUAGUGCAUUCGGAUGAAAGACCAUUCAAGUGCAAUCUGAAAGGCUGUGAAAAAUGUUUUAAACGAAAACGUGACUUGGAACAACACGUGUACUCACAUGGUGAAGAGUUUUUAUCUAAAAUUUCAGCGAAUGAUCCGAAGAUCAAAAGCCGUAAAUGCCCUAUUUGCCCAAAACUUUUCUUAUCUCCACUUACUUUAAGAGCUCACAUUAGAACUCACACCAGGGAACUACCAUACUCAUGUAACAUUUGUAACAAAAGCUUCAGUCAUAAACAAAAUUUAAAAGCACAUAAACGAAGGAAGCAUCCGAAAGAGGAAACUCCAUCUUUCUUCGAGGAAAAUAAGGUUGCUAAAAAUCAUGAUUUCAGUGAACAGCGCGAUAUUUCUUCACAAACUAGUCAAUACGAGCGUCACAGCCCUGGCUCUGAAAGACAAGUAAUCAGUGAUGACUACACUGACAUAUACGAGGAAUGGAUCGCCCAACAUCAGAUCAAAUCUAAACUUCCCGUUCUAAAAAUUACAGUAGAAGAUUUUUGUAGUAAAUUCACUUCUAUACAAGGAGGAUACAACCAUGAAUCUGAAAAAGAAACAACAAAAGAAAAUGAUCCUUCUGAUAUAUACGAAGAAUGGAUUGCAGAACAUUCAAUUACGGCCGAAAUUCCCGUCUUAGAUCUCACAGAAGAAGACUUUUUUAUAGAGAAUCCAGCAAUACAAAACAUAGAAAAUAUCCAUAUUUUUGAAACAAGAAAAGACGAUGAUUCUCUUGCACAGCAGAAUGAUAUCACAUAA